AUGACCCGACCAUCAUCAAAGAAGAAUCAACCUUGUCCUUCAUCCAAGAUUCGGAAACACACAACGAAUGACGACAAGACUCCUCACAUCAUCGUUCGAUUACCAUUGCCUCCUCCUCUUCAACAAACGAUAUCGUUGGCUUCUUCCGACACGAUCACCUCUUCGGAUCACCAUCAUGGAAUGACCAUCAAGAAAAAACACAAGAAACGAAAGCCCAUCCAUUGUUCGACGAGUCAUUCACCCUCAUCACUAUUGCCACACCAUCACAGCCUACCACCACCACCACCACCACCACCACUACAGACUCCACCACCAUCACACUUCGACGAGUCUUCCACUCAAUCCGAUGAUGUGAGCUUGGACUUUACUCCAAAAACUUCUCCACAUGCAAUAUUGGCAAUUCAAAAUCUCGAUGGCACAACCGAUGCAUCAUGGUCGGAGACUCCAAGCAUUCAAGAUGAUCAUCGCGUCGAUGUCACCAUGCAACAAUCGAUGCCACCUUCCAAUGAGGUUGAUGACCUUCUCGAUUAUGACUGGAAAAAUCCUCAUGCAUCAUCAGCAGUGGUGAUGACCAACUUGAAUAAUGCUAACAACAGCAGCAAUAGUGACAACAGCCUUUGCAGUGAGACACCAAUUUUAGAUGAAAUGUUGAAACUUGCCCAAGAGAUGCAGCAAGAACGGGAGGAACGAGAGAAACAGAGAGAGCUCACACGACAAGCGCUUGUAAAGAUGGGCCUCGAUCCUUCCAUUCCCAUCGAAGAACAUAUUGAGAUUAUUUCAAAUCGAUCAAACUUGAUGAAUUCUCAAUCUUGUCAUUCCCAUGGAGGAUUAUUAGACCGUGACACAGUGGAUAAAGGAUUCCUUUUGACACAUUAUCACAGUGAAUGCAAAAAAGUGGACUGGGAAGUUCACCACUCGCCGAAAGACAUAAUUGGAGAUGAUAAUGUUCGUUUUGAGACAACCAUUAUUUGUGUUGCCUCUGAUAAUCUUUCAUUCAAGAAUAAGGUUCCCUUUGAGAUUUAUUCGGGUACGUAUGAAUUAAGAGUUAAGAAAGAUAUUGAAAUUGAUCCCUUUUGCAUCUUGCAAGUGAAAUCUGAGAGCCAGAGAUGGCGUACCUCUCUCAACAGCCGAAUGGAACAAGAUGAAAAAGUCUAUGUGGGAUAUCAAGAUGUUACUUUUCAGAGUAGUCAAAAUGAAAGUUGUUCCUUACACUUGUCACUCUUCCAUGACCACAAGAAUGGAAAAAAAGAGGAAAUACGAUGCCUCUCUUGCUGUGUCAAAAUUACUCCCAAACAAUCUCUGUUUUCAGAACUGUUAAGAUUUAAUAUUUUCAAUUUUAGCAAGUUGAACAUUCAAAGAGAAUUGAAAGAUGAAACCAUUUCAUGGAAUGAUAUUCAAAAGCAAUUGCAACAAGGACAGCACUCCUUAGAGAGGUACAAUUGCAUAGAGUCCAACGUUCUGUAUUAUUCAUUACCACAUCCAUGUACAUUUCAAUCACUAGAUCGUGAUAUGGAUUUGGAAGAUGUAAGGACCAGCUUUGAGCAACUUGGUGUGGAUGUGUAUGGAAAUGGCUACACUCACAAUUGGUCCCAUGAGAACUUUGAGAUAUCAUGUCCUGAAGAAGUGAUACCCAUGUAUCAAACGGUUGCAGCAAAAUAUUCGAGACAGGCUUGGUUCUUGUAUGCAAAGCUCCUGAAUAUGCAGUGCCAAAUGUCUUCUCUCAAUGAUCGACAACGUGAAUAUUUGGCAUUGUUUUAUGUGAUGCUUAAUAUUUCUACAUUUGUGAAUCCUCAAGUGACUACUAUUCUCAGUCCAUUUGAUCUACCUGAAGAGAUGAGUACUACGAAGGAUCACCAAUAUUCAGCAAAGCUAAGAAAUAAGGUUAACCAAAGGAUGGGUGAUUAUUUCCCUCAGUGUAUCAGUUUGAGUGCUGACAAUCAAUUUUUUGAACAAGUCUUCCAAAUGUUAAGUCCAGACUCGAUCCAAACCAUCAUGCGAGCGCUCCUCACAAAGUUUGGAUACAAUCUUGGACCAGAAGAAAAAGAAGUAAGCAGCGACUCGAAAGAAAUUUCCAUCUCGACACUCAUUCGUCUCUUUCCACCACUCAUGAUCAACUUUAUACGGAGUGGUGUGAUGAAUAGUCGUCCUUUGGCCAUUCGAUCCUUCUUUGGAAAAUUCUUUACCAUUCUACUAUGUAAGGUGACGCAUCAUUUCAGUGAGGAUUUACAACAGAGGAUUUGUUGUAUUGAUGUGAACCAAGAAAAUGACGCUGAUUCAGAAAUGAUUGAUCAAAUCGCAGCGCAAGCUUUGAAUUAUCUAUCUAGCAUCCUGACCAUUCAAAAAGAAAACAUUUCCUAUGAAGAAAUCCAUUUUAUUAGAAGCUCUCUCACUUUACUGCAUCAAGUGUUGCAUUUUGGUAGAAUGUUGACAUUGAAAAAGUUCCAACUCACAAUUCAUGCCUUCCUUCGCUUGAAAGACCUUGCAGUACGAAUACCAUCAGCUGGAGAUUCAAUGGACAUGAUGGUAUUCGAAUUGACUCCUCUAAAGGUUGUGUUAGGCAUUCAUUUUGACUUGAAACAACACGAAAAGCAGUGUUCUAUUUCUUCUUCCAUGGCGGAUGAUGAGUAG